AUGGCAGACGGAAAAUUGCUAGAGGGUUCGUCGCCCGCGGCUCGCCCGCGGCUGGCGACGACGACAACGAUGCCGUCUAAACAAAACAAAGUGCAUUAUCCGUUUUGGUUUGGAGGUUCGGCGUCGUGCUUUGCGGCCGCUGUGACGCAUCCUUUAGACUUGGGUACGCCACUUGCUUCGGGAAUUGAAGAGUCAUACAUACUAAGCAUCGCAGGUCCGGUUACAAACGCGAGCACCCGACGCUCCGAGGACAAUGGUCGGCACUUUUGCACAUAUCGUGAGAAACAAUGGGGUUACGGGCUCUCCGCAGCAGUCCUCCGACAAUUGACAUAUUCCACAACGCGCUUCGGCAUUUACGAAGAGCUAAAACAACAUUUUGCCUCUCCCUCGCCAAAUUCGUCCACAUCAUCCCCGGGCCUAUUCACCCUCCUCGGCAUAGCCUGCGCUUCAGGCUUCAUCGGCGGUUUCGCCGGCAACCCAGCAGACGUGCUCAACGUGCGCAUGCAAUCCGACGCCGCGCUCCCGCCAGCACAACGACGAAACUACAAACAUGCCCUCCACGGACUGGUACAAAUGACCCGCGCGGAGGGCGUCAGCUCACUCUUCCGCGGCGUGUGGCCCAACUCGACGCGCGCGGUGCUUAUGACGGCAUCGCAACUGACUUCCUACGACACGUUCAAGAAAAUCUGCAUGGAAAAGGUCGGUAUGGCCGAUAACCUCGCCACACACUUCACGGCCUCGUUGAUGGCCGGAUUCGUUGCCACCACGGUCUGCAGCCCCGUCGACGUGAUCAAGACCCGCGUUAUGACGGCUUCGCCUGCACAGAGCCGCGGCCAUACCAUGCUGGGCUUGCUGCGCGAUAUCUGUCGCAAGGAGGGUCUGGCGUGGACUUUCCGAGGCUGGGUGCCGAGCUUUAUUCGCUUGGGCCCUCAUACCAUUGCCACAUUUAUUUUCCUCGAGGAGCACAAGAAACUCUACCGACGAUUGAAGGGUAUUCCGAAUGAGGUUUAA